AUGCAAAUUGGGCGAGAAGGAGGAACUUGGUUUGCAGUUCGAGCAAAUGAAAAUGGAUUACGAAUUGGAUCAUUGUUAAAUGUUACAGGAAAAACAUUGAAACCAAACUGUCCAGGUCGUGGGUCAAUAGUCUCUAAUUAUGUAAAAUCAGAGUCAAAUACGAAAGAUUACACGGAGGAUUUGAAGUCAAAGAUGCAUGACUAUAACUUAUUCAACUUUUUGACUGCAGAAAUAACAAAAGAGAAUUGUGUAGUGCAGUGUACAAAUUCUGAAUCUAAAAUUACAAAGGAAUGGGUUGCAGAUGGAAAACAAGAAGUAAUUAAAAUUGGUGUCAGCAAUAGUGAAGUGGAUAAACCAUUCAAGAAGGUUCAAAGUGGAUCAGAAACAUUUUCCAAGCUGGUCGAAUCAACGGCAAAUAAAGAUAUUCUUGUGGAAAAGUUAUUAAGUAUGAUGCAAUGUAGCGAGAAACAUUGGCCAGAUGAAGUAUUGUAUGAACGUAAUCCAACUUGGGGAGAAGAAUUGAGUUCAAUAUUUAUAGCAAAUCACGAGAGAAAAUAUGGCACCAGGACUCAUACUAUUGUAUUGCUAGAUUACGACUGGAAAUUGGAUUUUAUUGAUGUAUCUUUAAAUUCAGAUGGACAACAAAAUUUUAAUAAAUGGUGUAGAAAGCAUAUAACGAGGAAAUUGAAAGUCUAA